AUGCAUGAGAAUGGAAACAAGUAUAUAGAAGGCGGAAUAAAGAAAUGGUCACUCUUGCGCAAACAUGUGUUUAUUGUUGAGAAGUACUGCAAGAAACAUUUUAAUGGCUCGAUACCUCCAAAGCAUAAACUUUCCGAUAUUAUAAAUGUCGCCCUCGAAGACUACACGCCCGAACACAAAACCGGACAAACAAUAACACAAGUUAAAACCACAAGGGCCAACCCCGCAAAAAAUAUUUUGGAAGUGCAAGGAAUCUCCUUUCCAGAUACUGGUAUUAAUGUCAACAAAUGUUCUAGUUCUACUUCGCAUGCAAGUGCAAAUUUGGCUUAUCGCUGUGCCCCCUCUAAUAAAGACGAAGAACAAGAACAACCAAGUAUGGUUUUGAAACAGAGUAUGCUCGAGUCAAAUAGUAUGACUAUGGCUCCCCAAGUUGUAAUACCUAACCAGCUACAAACGCCAUAUCCCAGUAAUAUGUUUCAUCAGCCAAAUUUAUAUUAUACACACCUUUAUCCACACGCGACAGAAUUUCCACCACCACCCGAAAUGUGUGCCAGAAACCCCCAUGUCAAUACAUAUGGCAGCUUUCGUCAGUGCACUGAAUCUCUUGGUAACGUGGCCCAACAUCAGAGCACGAUUAACUGUGAUGAGAGUCACAUAUCGGCAGAGGAAGAUGCAACGAAUGCCGCUUUACAACUUGUAUCUCUCUCGUCGUCUUGUAAUACUGGUAUGUUAAAUGAUCAACAAAACUGCUCCAACAACAAUCAGUAA